AUGGCAGAGGUUGGACUUAGAAUAGCUAAUGAUCAAAAUAUCGCAACAGUGUGGUUGUUGUCCAGUUUAGGUGCAUCUCACAAUUCGAACGUGAAGAAGAGGGAAAUUGUGAAAGUUUCAAUACCUCAUGCGUGUGAGGUUUUGGCUUCGACACAAGUGACAAUUCCAUUAAGACAUACAGGACAGUUAUUAUAUGGUGUUACAGUUUGUUACGAACGAAAAACUGGGUUCAUAUUGUCUGAUGUGAACAGCUUGAGAGAUGCUUUGCAAAGACAAUGGAUCGGUUUGAAGCCCCUGGGGAAGGCUUCGAAUGCGUCUAAUUCCAAUGGUAAAAGGAAUAUCGUCUCUAAUCAGGUUAUCACAGAAACAGAUAACAAUUUCUUGCAAGAUGACCCGAACUUUGACGUGAUGUUGCAAUUGAAGAUGAACAAUGGUCUAGAUUUUCUCAAUAAUUUGGGAAGUAAUCCUCUCGACGUCCAGAAUGCGACCGGUGGUGGAGUUACCUCAGCUAAUAAGAACGCCAUUAGACAAGACGAUAUAUGGAAAGAGAUUGAGCCCGGGCAUGCUCAGUAUUUGAGUGGCGUAUCUAGAGUCCCUACUGUCAAUAGGGAGCUUGGUUACAACCCCAAUCAGGAAGACGACGAGGAUGAUUUGGGUCCCAUUGACGUUGAAUUGAACUUUCAGUUGGAUGACGUAUUGACUGACAACGAAUCAGAGGUGGCUAACUUAAGCACCGUUAACAGCGAUCUUGGAUUGAAUUACGAUCGUGAAGUACAUCCUGAAAUUGACUUGGGUAUGCCUAUUUUAGAAGAAAUGGAAACUUCUAAUCCCCAAUUGGAACUAAUGAAAAGAAGAUUAGGCCUCGACGAUGAAGCUGAGUAUGACGAGAUGAGAAAUUUUGAUUCACUUGAUGCUAACUCCAACUCAAGAAAGAGACAAAAAGUCUCCACAGAUUGUUAUCAGAGGCUUAAAGUGGAUAGUUCCGUCAGUUUACUGACGGACACUUUACGUCAUAACCACGAGAACUAUGUUGAAAUAAUGAAAGACCUUCAUGAUAAAAGAGCAAGAAAGGCAAGGAACGACACAUUAAAUUGGAAAUCAUUAUUUUCAAAUGAGUAUCAGUCACCUUUAGUAAUGAAUAUAUACUCAGAAGUUUUCCAGGCCUUCAGUUCUCUCAAUUUACAGCAGGGCAGGAGAGGAAGGACUAUGCACUCAACAAAUGAUGGAUCAAGAUCAAGCAGUAUAUUAAGUUUAGAGCAUGGACGUAGAAUGGAAUUCGGUGACCCUUCCAGCGGAACUGACAGUCAUAGGUUUGACAUCAAUAAUUUACCAGAGCAAGUUAAUGAAUAUCCAGAAGAUAUGGAUAUUGCAAUAGAUGAUCCUCAGUUUAUAGAGCUUGACAUUCCACCCUCUAGUUUCGGGAAACAUAGUACCAGAAAUCACACAGCAGACUCAGACAACUUGGAAAAUUUAAGGUGGAAUACCCAAAGGAGAGUAGCCUAUAGAGGAGAAACAGGAUCAGGAAGUUUUGUGGGAAACUCGGACUCCAUAAGUCAAAACACUAUCAGUAAUACCCAACAGCAAAUGUUAAUCCACGAUCGACAAACGGAAAAAUUCUAUCAAUAUAUAUCAGAAAGAGCAAGUGAAGUUGGUAAAAUAGCAGUAGAAUACAGUAGCUUUUCGAAGAAAUUUCUAUUUGAAGACAUAAUCCCCAGUAAACUUAGCCAAGAGGAAGAUGAAGAAGUUACACCUGUAACUAAAAGAAUAGCUUGUAACGCUUUUAUGUCUUUGUUGCAAUUAGCAACAUUAGGUAAGAUAAAAAUUGAUCUGUACGAUGUCAACCCUGAAGAUCAGUUCGAAACAUUAAACGGAGAUGAUAUAGUAGUUUAUUGUUAA